UCAACACCUGGGGAGGAAGCUCUCUGGUCUUCCCUGCAACUUUUUAGGUACACUCUACUUGAAGUGGUUGUGGUUUCGGGGAUGAGUUCCCAGAAGGGCAACGUGGCUCGUUCCAGGCCUCAGAAGCAUCAGAAUACAUUUAGCUUCAGAAAUGACAAGUUCGAUAAGAGUGCCCAGACCAAGAAAAUUAACCAAAAACUUCACGAUGGAGUAUGUCAGCGCUGUAAAGAAGUUCUUGAAUGGCGUGUAAAAUACAACAAAUACAAACCAUUAUCAAAACCUAAAAAAUGUGUUAAAUGUUUACAAAAGACAGUGAAGGAUUCUUACCACAUAAUGUGUAGACCAUGUGCCUCUGAGCUUGAAGUUUGUGCAAAAUGUGGAAAGAAAGAAGACAUUGUUAUUCCGUUUAAUAAAGAUCCAGAAAAGACUGAAAAUAAUGAAAGUUACAAACAUACAAGAAACUGCAAAAGCCGUGAAGAAAGUGAUGCUGAUUUAGAUUUUGAUAUUUAUUUAGAUGAUACAGAUAAUAAUCAAGUGGAUUAAUGACUCAAGUUAAAGAAUGUGAAAUUUUGACCAACUUUUGCCUUUGAGGGGCUCACAAAAAAUAUUGUGAAAUCCUAAUGAGGAAAUAAGAAAAACUAUAGAAAAUACAUAAAAUAUAUGUAAGAACAAUAUAAACUGUGUAAAAUAUUUGAAUAAUUAUCAAACAUUAUAAAGCUUUCAUCCAGAGUUUUUUAUAACAAAUUUUUUAGGUUGUAUAAAUUAGAAUAAUAUCUGCCAAAAUACAUAUUGUGGUAUCCUGUUGUAGGUCAUGAGAAUUAUUUAAAAGAAUAUAUUACCGGGGCUGGGGAUGUGGCUCAAGCGGUAGCGCACUCGCCUGGCAUGC